AUGCAACACAAAAUAUGGUUUUCUGCCGUCAUCCUGCUCCUUUAUGUGAAGAAUGGUUUUUUCCUUGAUGAUAGACAUUGUUUCAAGUCUUUAGAGACUAUGCAGAUAGUCGAAAGCUGUCCUCGUGACAAAAACGAAAUGGAAGAAGCUGCCAAAGAAAAAAACUGUUCACAUCAUGCAAAGAACCAAAGUUGUACUGUUCCAGAAAAUUUCAAAUAUCAUUGCGUUAUUAAUGUUUUCAGGAAUCAGUCUAUCGAAGUUUGCGCCCCAGAGAGAAAAAUUAAUGGCUUUUGUGUAGAAUUCAACCUCGAAGGUGCAAGAAUACAAGAUCAAUACCUCUCUGACUGUACAGUUUUAGACCCGCCUUGUCCAAAAAGAUACAGUUCAACUGAUGCUUAUUUAUAUCAGGCGUGUUAUAAACACUCCUCGGUCUCGGCAAACACGACUACUGACGAAAUUUUCUCUGCCGGGAGCAAAACUACAUCGCCUAGUAAUUUGUUGCCGGAAAGUGAAACUGACAAUAAAACUAAGGCAUUGUGGAUAUCUUUCACAGUUUUUGGAAUUAUUGUACUGGUUGCCAUUCCUUUACUUCUAAUCUGUCGAUGGAGAAGAAGGAAAAAUCGAAAAAAACGAAGAGCAGGUACUGGAAGUGAAACCGACGCAACUAAUGGAAAAACAAAAUCUGAAAUAGAUUUAAAUGAGAUAUCAAAAGUGUUUUAA